UUCACGGGCUAUAAGCUACUAUUCAUAUAAUACACGUUUCCGUACGUAAUCGGCCAUGACGACGGCGCUCAAUUCCGCAGUGUUCCAUCUGAGAUUACUAUCAUCUUCCCCAAUUUCAAUUUACAGUAAGUGCAACUUUAGGGCUUUUUGUUCCAAAAUGUCUUCCGAGUCAUCUCCAAAACUCACUCACUCCAUUAGCUUGCCCACUCGCUCCGGCGAACCCGUUCAAGUUAUCGCCGCUCCCGGACUCUCCGAGUCUGAUUUUAGGAAUGCUAUUGACUCCUCUUUGUUUCACCAGUGGCUUAAAAAUAUCCAGACAGACUCUGGGUUACUGGUAAAUGGGCAGAUGUCCUUGAAACAAGUACUUAUACAGGGAGUGGAUAUGUUUGGCAAGCGUGUGGGCUUUCUCAAAUUCAAAGCAGAUAUUGUCGACAAGGAAACAGGGAGUAAGGUUCCAGGUAUUGUGUUUGCUCGAGGGCCAGCUGUAGCAGUGCUAAUCCUUUUGGACUCGGAAGGCAAGACAUAUGCUGUGCUCACAGAGCAGGUUAGGGUUCCUGUUGGAAAACUUAUACUGGAGUUACCAGCUGGAAUGUUGGAUGAUGAUAAUGGUGAUGUUGUUGGGACAGCUGUUCGGGAGGUUGAGGAGGAGACAGGGAUACAGUUGAAUCUGGAAGACAUGGUUGACCUUACUGCCUUUCUGGAUCCAUCAACUGGUUGCGCAGUUUUUCCUUCCCCGGGUGGGUGCGACGAAGAAAUUAGUUUGUUUCUGUAUAGAGGAAAUGUAAGUAAAGAGACUAUCACACAGCUCCAAGGAAAAGAGACGGGGCUUCGGGAACAUGGUGAGUUGAUCAAGGUGCAUGUCAUCCCGUAUGAAAAACUGUGGCGCAGUACAGCUGAUGCGAAAGCUCUCAUGGCGAUUGCCCUUUAUGAGAUGAGCAAGAAAGAAGGGCUGCUGCCUCCACAAAGAAGCUGACCUUGUUCUCUCUUUGCAUUACUAUAAAGGAGGUAAUUAAUGACUAUAAAGGAAAUAUUGGAGAUCAACACUUUUCUUCCUCAAAAGGAGUUUAUAAGUGAGUUUUGGCAAAGAAUAAACGACAUGUAAUCAGGGCAUUUUUUUCAAUACGAGAGAAAAAUGGUUUGUAGACCGCUAGUCAUUUAUUUUUAACAAUCACAAAUUUGAAUUAAAACGAUAUUUUAAAUGACUUCAGUUUUGAAAAAUGACUCAAUUUAUUACAUGCAAUACUUGUCUUGUGUGGGUAUUCACCUAAGGUAUAGCUUUCUUGUCACUUGUCAGUAUGUUGAUCGAGUUUAAUCGCACGAGCGCGCAUGCGUAACUUCAGUCAUAACGUGCCACGUCACUGAGCUCUGUACAUAUAUAUUCGCAUAUCUUCGAUUAGUAACAAAAAAAAAAAAGAAAAGGAAAAAUGACAUAUAUCCAUUUGCGUGCUUCUCAGUAUUUAGAUAUUGUACGUGAACCAGUGUUGUAAAAAGCGGGAAUCAGAAUUAAUUGGUGAAGUCUUGAAAUAAGAAUCAAUUAAAGAUUGAUUGGAUUUGAUUAGAGAUUAAUCGGAUUGAUCGGAAAUUAGUUGGAGAUUUAAUCAGUUCGGCGAGUUACGGAACAUGGAUUAAUCACCUACUUUUAGAACAUAGACGUGAACUAUCGUCCAGAUUUCGAUAAUUGGACGUAUUGGAUUAUGGGGUUGGGUUGUCUCACCUGAUCUGAUCAAUCUGAACCCACUCCGGGUCUGCUUAUUGAUAUGUUCCACAAAACUCUACUUGAAUCCAUUUGAUUUUUUUGUAGAUCAUGCUCAAAAUAACAUAUAUUUUUUUAGCACAAUUUUUUCAGGUCGAAACAUA